AUGAAUACAAUCAAGAUUCAUUGCUAUAUUGUUUUUAUUAUUCUCAGUACAACAGUUCGAACCAAAUCUGAAAUAUGUAAGAAAACACCUCAGUAUGGUGAAUGCUCGACAAACAGUGCAUGUGGAUGCUUUCAUAUGGUAGGUGCUGGUGAUAAUACAGGCGUUUGUGGAUUCCUCUGGCCAACAUGUUCUCGUCUUUUACGCUGCAACUCUUCAGACAAUUCAUGUCUUCAACCGAAUACGAUUUGUGUCCAACAUCCACAAUGUGAUGAUUUUCCACUUUGUUAUCCAGUUACAAUGACUGAUCAAAGUAUUUGUCCACCGAUGAAAAAUAAGAUCAAUCUGAAAUGGAAACAAAAUGCUAUCACUGUAGCUGGUGGGAAUGCAGAAGGACAACAACUAAAUCAACUCCAUUGGCCUGAUGGAAUCUUUAUUGAUGAAAAGAAAAAUAUUUUCAUUCCUGAUUCUAAUAAUCAUCGUAUUGUUGAAUGGAAACAUAAUGCAAAGGAAGGACAAAUCAUUGCAGGUGAAAAUGGCCAAGGAAAUCAAAUGGGUCAAUUGUAUUAUCCAACAGAUGUGAUUGUUGAUCAACAAACUCAAUCGAUUAUCAUUGCUGAUUAUGGGAACAAACGAGUGAUUCAAAGGUUGAAUCAAAAUCAACAGAUUCUCAUUCACAAUAUUAACCGUCAUAGCUUAGCAAUGGAUAAAAAUGGAUUUCUUUAUGUUUCUGAUGUUGAGAAGAAUGAAGUGAGACGAUGGAAAAUGGGAGAAUACAACACCGAAGGAGUUGUAGUGGCAGGUGGAAAUGGACAAGGAGAUCAACUCAAUCAACUUAACUUCCCUAUUUUUAUCUUUGUUGAUAAAGAUCAAUCUAUUUAUGUAUCAGAUUGGGGCAAUCAUCGUGUGAUGAAAUGGAGAAAAGAUGCAAAACAAGGAAGAGUUGUGGCUGGAGGAAAUGGUGAGGGAAGAAGUCUCAAUCAAGUGUCUGGACCUCUAGGAGUAAUUGUUGAUGAUUUGGGUCAAAUAUAUGUGGCAGAUAAUGGGAAUGAUCGAAUAAUGCGUUGGUGUGAAGAAAAAGAAGAAGGUGAAAUUGUUGCUGGUGGAAAUGGGUAUGGAAAUCAAUCAGAUUAG